CAAUCCUAUUCAAUCCUAUCUUCUCUAAUACGCUAUCUCUACUAUCUACUUCUUUCCUCUCCACACUUUACUUAAACAAACCUUAUCCACGCCUACUCAAACCUAUACAAUGGCGAACCAAUGCUCCGGUCACUCCUUUGCCAUCACCCAGGCCAGCAACGGCAACAUUCUCACCUGGCACUGCCAUGACUGCACCGGCGGUCCAUUCACGGCCGUCUGGCUCUGCAAGAUCUGUGGCUACGUUCGCUGCCACAGCUGCCACCAGUCCAAGUCAUAAUAAACAUACAUGUUUCGGUAUGUUGCUAUCUCCAAUGAAAACAACCACCUAUCUAUG